AAGGUUGUUUGUCGCAAAUUUUGAUCGUAUUACCCGAAACGAUGAUUAUCAAUGUACAAGUUCUGGCCAAAAAAUCUAUGAAGCAGUCAAACGGCGCAAAGAAUUUCUGUUCGCAUGUCAACAGCCGAAGUCAUAACAAAUAUUUAAACAAAUAAAUAUUGUUUUAACAGAGAUAUAUUCGGUUGGCGUUGGAUAUUUUGUUGCUGUAUCGAAAAUUGAUAUUGAAGUGCAAUUUGACGUUGUUACUCAUUAUGUCAGUGACGUUAAAACGUUACGUCACAUACGCUACCGUCAACGUCCGAACGUCAAUGUAUUCGUAGUAACAGAGGCGCGCAUACAAACCCACGGAUACAAGAAAAUACUUCUCCGUUAUUUUGACAAUAUUAGUUAAAGUAUUCUUUGAAAUGUCAGAUACACACAAUUACAGCUUACUGGACACGGAUGUGGACGAAGAUGUCUUGUUGGACUGCUCUCAGCUAUCAGGCACAGACCUUGACUACGAAUAUUCUGACAGGCUACUUGCUUCAGAUGAUGGAAAGUCUGAAAAACAACCUGUUCUGUCAAAUACUCCUGGCGUUGUUGUUGAGAACAUGUUCCAAAAAUCGAUUAAAAGUGUACGGCCUCUGCCGUUAUCAUCCAAAGAAAUUAUGCGACCACAACAGGCUAUCACAGGAGCCGAAUACAAACCCUUUCUUCAAGAACAGACCGGGCCAAAUAUCAAAGGCGACUUUCCCAUAAUUGAUAGUGACUGCCAGUCUGAAAUAGAAGACGUCCUCGACCUCCAACGCAUGGCCGACAAGUUUGCAGAGGCCGGAAUGAGUAAGCUGAGAAAUAUGGAGAGAAGUGUUUACAAAGCUGGAGGAUUUAACUACGAAGUCGUUACAAGAGUGGAUAAAUUGUUAGAAGAGGCACACAACAUGUGUUACAAAUAUCACAACAAACUUGACCGCACAACAAGAGCAAACCUUUUCAAUAUGAUCCUUGCUUUGAAAGAGCUACCACAUCUGUAUAGGUCUACUCGCCGUGAGAAGGGCAUGUCUACACGACGUGUCACAGAAUGGCUCACUACUCACACCGACCAGCCUGAGCCUGAGAUGUGUGAUUUCACAAGGUCAGACCCUAUCCAGUUAAGAAAAUUCGUUUCGGACAUACAGCCGAGAAUUUCAACAAGUGAUACAAAUAUUACGCUGGGCAAACGGAAGAGAGAUUGUGAGGAUUCUGGGAAGGAUUGCGUCAUUGGUGUUCCCCGAAGUAGUUCCGAUACUAGAGUAUACAUGCACGAUGAUUGGUUAAAAUCAUAUGUUGUUGGAAAGCGAAGCCAACUUAGAAAUGACUGAAUAUUACAGUACAUAAUUGUGUGAAUUUAUAUCAUAAAAUUGUUAAAGUAGAUAAAUCUAUACUAAUUCACAAUAAUUUAAUGGGCGAAUGUUAUGGUAAAUUUAUCAUGAGUAAUUGUUUCGAGAAUACACUGUUUUCAAAUGUAAA